GGGGUGGGGGGAGCCUCGGGGCCUUAUCUUCCGUGCGACUGGGCCUGGGUGCCACGUGGCGGCUGCAGCUUGGCCCCCGGCCCCCUUAUCUGCCCCUGCCCUGUGGGCCCGGCACUGCCAUGGACGGCCAGCUGCUGCUUGUGCUGCUGCUUUUGCUGCUUGGGGCCUCAGGCCCAUGGGGACAGGGGCCAGGGCCCGAGGGUCCCUCGGAGGAGCCCCUCAAGGAGGAGUUCCCCGAGGAGGAGGUCACCGAGGAGGAGAAUGGGAUCUUGGUGCUGAGCCGGCGCACCCUGGCCCGAGCUCUCCAGGAGCACCCUGCCUUGCUGGUGGAGUUCUACGCCCCAUGGUGUGGGCCCUGCAAGGUGCUGGCCCCCGAGUACAGCAAGGCGGCUGCCCUGCUGGCAGCAGAGUUGGCCACAGCCAGGCUGGCCAAGGUGGACGGGCACGCGGAGCCGGAGCUGACGGAGGAGUUUUCUGUGACCGAGUACCCCACGCUCAAGUUCUUCCGUGACGGGGACCGCCUGCACCCGGAGGAGUACACUGGCCCCCGGGAGGCCGAAGGCAUCGCUGAGUGGCUGAGGCGGCGGGUGGGGUCCAGCGCCACACGGUUGGAGAACGAGGAAGGCGCCCGAGCACUGAUAGAUACCCAGGACGUAGUGGUCAUCGGCUUCUUCCAGGACCUGCAGGACGAGGAUGCGGCUGCAUUCCUGGCCCUGGCCCAGGAUGCCCUGGAUAUGACCUUUGGCCUCACUGACCAGCCAGAGCUCUUCCAGAAGUUUGGCCUCACCAAGGACACCGUGGUCCUCUUUAAGAAGUUUGAUGAGGGGCGAGCAGACUUCCCUGUGGAUGAGGAGCUGGGCCUGGACCAGGGAGAUCUGUCACGCUUCCUCCUCACGCACAGCAUGCACCUGGUCACGGAGUUCAACAGCCAGACAUCCCCUAAGAUAUUUGCGGCCAAGAUUCCCAACCACCUGCUGCUGUUCAUCAACCAGACGCUGGCCCCGCACCAGGAGCUGCUGGCGGGCUUUGGGGAGGCGGCUCCCCCAUUCCGGGGGCAGGUGCUGUUUGUGGUGGUGGACGUGGGUGCCGACAACGACCACGUGCUGCGGUACUUUGGUCUCGGGGCCGAGAAGGCCCCCACCCUGCGCUUCAUCGACAUGGACACCACCAAGAAGUACGCGCCUGCGGCCGGGGAGCUGGUCACCGCAGCCGCCAUCACGGCCUUCUGCCAUGCAGUCCUCAGCGGCCAGGUCAAGCCCUACCACCUGAGCCAGGAGGUGCCCCCCGACUGGGACCAGCGGCCGCUCAAGACUCUCGUAGGCAAGAAUUUCGAGCAGGUGGCUUUUGACGAAACCAAGAACGUGUUUAUCAAGUUCUAUGCCCCCUGGUGCCCCCACUGCAAGGAGAUGGCCCCCGCCUGGGAGGCACUGGCUGAGAAGUACAAGGAUCAUGAGGACAUCGUCAUUGCCGAGCUGGACGCCACGGCCAACGAGCUGGAGGCCUUCGCCGUGCACAGCUUCCCCACCCUCAAGUACUUCCCCGCAGGGCCCGGGCGGAAGGUGAUUGACUACAAAAGCACCAGGGACCUGGAGACCUUCUCCAAGUUCCUGGACAGCGGGGGCCAGCUGCCUGCAGAGGAGCCCACCGAGGAGCCCGUAGCCCCCUUCCCGGAGACGCCAGCCAAUUCCACCACAGGGCCCAAGGAGGAGCUGUAGCCGCCCAGGUCACCGCGGGGGAACCGUCUGCUCCGGCACCCAAGGAAGCGGUGGGCCAUGAAUAAAGAAUUUUGGUCCUG